UCGUGACAUUUCCAACAUGGCGUCCAUCCAUCAUGCCGGCCACGUUACCAACCUAUCGAAUAUUGAUUUGUCAAAGCUAUCAGAAAAGGAAAGAUGGAGGAUAGAACACCAGCGGUUACAUGAAAAACACAAGGGUCAUGAGGCCAUGCACGCCGAGAUGGUACUCAUCCUGAUCGCCACGUUGGUGGUCGCCCAGAUACUUCUAGUGCAGUGGAAACAACGCCACUUUCGGUCCUAUGAGAGAGCUACUCUUAUAGGGAUGUGGAUUAUACCUAUAGGAUUCUGUAUCAAGUUUUCCUGGUUAAGAUUUGUUAUUAUAUGGGGGAUAUUCUCCUUAAUAACAGGAUAUGUAACAUUUAGAGCUACGAGGAAGCCUAUUCCAGGCAAUACUCCAAGACUAGUUUACAAAUGGUUCAUCAUGAUUCACAAAGUCAGUUACUUUGCCGGAGUGACGGGUUAUAUGAUCAUUAUGCUGACAUUGUUGGGACUUAACCUUUUACUCCUCAUCAAACCUAAUGUGUCCAUGGACUUUGGACUGUUACUACUCUUCUAUGGAUUGUACUUUGGUGUGGUGUCCCGUGACUUUGCCGAGGUCUGCUCCGACACCAUGGCAGCACAUAUAGGGUAUUACUCAGAAACAGGUCUACCAGGAAAGCGACUAGACCCCAACGUAUGUGGGGUGUGUGGAAAUUCCAUCUUGGUGCUUAAUAAUGAAGACGCCAUUAUUGAAGAAACUUGCAAACUAGGAUGUAACCAUAUAUUUCAUGAAUUCUGUUUAAGAGGCUGGUGUAUUGUAGGUAAAAAACAGACAUGUCCAUACUGCAAAGAGAAGGUGGACCUGAAGAGGAUGUUUCCUAGUCCAUGGGACCGUCCACAUAUGAUGUAUGGCAACCUUCUAGACUGGAUCCGUUACCUUGUUGCCUGGCAACCAAUCAUUAUAAUGGUUGUCCAGGGUAUUAACUGGGCACUUGGACUGGAGUAGACUAUUUAUUCCGAAAGAGUGUGUGUGUAUGUGAUCUCAGUGACCAAUCAUAUAUAAGAAUGAUGUUUUGUAAAAAAGAAAUCACACUUAUUAAUAUAAAAACAUGCAAGAAAUUCUCCCAUAUUACUAUUAGAUUAUUGUAAUCAUUACCAAGGAAUUAAAAGGCCGUGCUAUACAGAAUGCAUGUAUAUCUAAAAUUGAUACUUUGCAGAAAUUGUUCAAAUUCAAAAAGGACCGUUUAAUGAUAUGGAGUUCAGAGUAUAGAUCUUUGUUAUAUCAUUAAAAACUGAUACAGAAGUCAAUUAUUCAUUGCAUUGUCACAAUGACAAGAAAACAACUUUGGAUUAAAUGAGUACAUUUUAAUAUUGUAAACGACAUGACAAAAUGAGUAAAAGUAUAUGCUUCUACAUUGAAAUAGCUGCUGACCAUUUUAUACUUUCAUUAACUGUCUAUGGCAUGGAUAUGAAAACGAUUCCUGUUUCAUUAGUACUGCAUUUGUUCUGCAGUCGAAAUAUUGAUUCGGAUUUGUACAGGCUGCAGUAAAACCUUUUGAUUAUUCAGAACACACUAAUUGGGAUAUAUAUAUAUAUCCCAAUGCUCAUAUUAAGGAGCAGCUUGUCCUUUAGGUUGAAGGUUGUUCUUGUGAAGGGAGUAUACAUAUGGACCUAUUAAGGUUGAGAAAGAAGACAGAGACUGUCUGUAUGCAUAAGUUGGAGUGUUAUAAUUUAGUGUAUACUUGUGAUAUACUGAUAUCUAAGGAAGUGGAAGUUUGUGUUUGAGAGAUAUUUGACACAGAUGUACAGUAAACCCUUUAUAUAGUGCCCCUCAUUUCAUUUGCCCCCUUGUUUACCGCUAGCAUAUUUCAAUGUCCUUUUCCUCGUUUUCUUCAGAAUUCUUUUUAUAUAUUUCCCUCAAUUUAGCGCCAAACCCAUUUAUAACGCCAAAUUUUCUCUUGACAAAUAGUGGCAGUAUAACAAGGUUUUACUGUACAUGGUAUUUAACUAUUUAUUUAUGUAUGUUCUAACCACAGAUGAUUGAAUCAGUUGUUUCCUUCCAACCCACUCUAGUUCCAGUUUUAAAUCUCAGUCUGAAGCAAGACAAUGUUUCUUGCAUCAACAUCAAAAACCUUGCUAAGUACCAAUAUUUUUCAAAUGGGAAAGGGGCAAUGGUUCAAGCACCUGCUGUUGAAACAGAUGUUAUUGUAAAUGUGGGAGACAUUUGAUCCGUGUGUGUAUUGUAAAUAUUAAUGUUUAUCUGAUAAGUAUGAUAUUCCCGAUAAAUAAGUAUAGGCUGUGUAUUAUUUGGAUUAUAGUGUUGUAAGCGUAACAGAGAAGGAAUUAUACAAAGGAGCAUUAUGUUUUCUGAAGUCAUCUUAUCUGGAAAACUUCCAGAUUCUAAUAUUUGUUAAUUGGUUUUAGAUAUUGAUGUCUUAUCAAACUGGAAUUUGUUUUCUUGACAGAAACCACAAGGGUCCAGUAAUUAAUGAAUAUGUAAAAUAUACAGGCACAUUUGUACAAUAUAUUUGUACAUGUGCAUAUCUUGAAAUGAACCAGAAAAUCUGCACAUUUUCUCUACAUUCAAAUCAUUAAGCACCUUAUGAGAUCAUGUACAGUCUAUGUGUUUACAUGUGAAUUAUAAAGUUACAAAUGUGCAGAAUGAAGAUUUAUAUGUCAUAGAUGUAUAUGUAUCAUAUUCAUACAUGUGUUUAACAAGUGAGAACGUUCACGUAUACAUGUGUGUAUUGUAAGAUAUUCAUGUAUUUGUAUAAUUGAGAUGUCUACAUAUGUGAUAAUAUGUGUGUAUGUAAUGGUAGUAUGUAUGUGUCAUUUCAUUAUCAUAAAUGUGAAUAUCCUGUACAAGGAAAUUUGAUUGAUCUACAGAAGCAAGUUUAAAUUUUGCUUAGAAUUAAGUCACUCUACUAUGAAGUAAGAACAAAUUCUUAUGCAUAUGUUGAUUUAAGUUGAUAUUUAUACUCGCACUUCUAAAAUUCUGACAAGUCUCCUUACAAGUGAGUGAGUAGCUAUUAUUUGACUAUUUUACCAUUCACAGUGACAUGUAGACCUCCACUGUGUACAGAAUGGUUAUGUUUCAACAUCAGAUAGGUUUAUUUUUAAACAUGUAAAUGACAAUGAGGAUAACUAUGGCACUAUGAUAGAGAUACAGGUGCCCUAUAGUAAUUGUUGUGUCUAGUGUUCAUCUCUGUCAGUCACUCCCCAUUUCAUUUCUGGGGAUAAUCUUGGAAUCCAAAAUCCAAAAUUUCUGAUAUUUCUCUUGGGGAUAUACUGUGAUAUGUAGAUGUGUUAUGAACAUGUGGAUUAUUCCUAAAUCAAUGUCAAGGUCACUCCCUAAACAUGGCUUCUGUUUGACGGAGACCUUUGGGCUAUACAUUCUGUUCUGUUCUGUUGGUCUGACUUUUUUCAUACUUGGUAUUAAAUGGCACUUGUCUGAUAGCAUAUGUGUGUAAUAAAUUAAAAUCCAAGAUGAUUGCUUUGGCUUCUGUUUGGGGAUAUGUGUACAGUCAGCACACGACAGCACCAUUCCUGAUUGGUCAGUCCUCUGAUUUUCCUUAAUAGAUCAUGCUCAAUAAUUGUAUGAUAAUAAGUGUAUGAUCAAUGCCCUUGUUCUAAUAUGUUGCCUUAUGAUCAAUAAAUUUGUAGGCAUGAAAAUAAGAAUAAUUGAUUUUUUUGUCCCUUUUGGGAAUGUGAACAUAUUUGUACAUGUUCUUUACAUCAGCAUCAAUUAUUAGAUUAACUUUAUCGGAGAUGUAGGAAUUAUUUGGUCCCAUGUUUGUGCAACUCCUGAACGGUGUGGCUUGUUCAACAUUAAGGUCACAAGAAUGGCUGGCUUGUGCUCUAUUACAACACUUGACCCGUAGGACUGAUUCGACAUGAAGUGGCAGAAAACAUUUGGUUCAAUUUUAAUACAUGUGCCACACUUGAACUAUAUGGUUAAGUCAGUAUGAGGUAAAAGGAAUUAUUUGGCACCAUUGUAUUGCCGCGCCCUUUAACUUCGGGGUGAAUUUAACAUGAGGUAUAUCCAAUCAUAUGUAAGUGAGCUUAUCAUGGGACCAAAGAAAAAACAAAAUUAUUCUGAAAGGCUCCCAUGCAGUGUGGCAGUGGAAAUAUUAGUUUAAUUUGUACAUUUGUAUUUUGAAUUUAUUGCAAUUUCUAAUUAACUUCAAAGAUGGAAUCCUCCUGUCUUUAGAAGCACAAACAAAGUUAUCAAUUAUGCAUCAGUUAUAUUUAUAAAACUUUCAUUUUUGUCCAGCUAGUAUUAGUCAUCAUAAUGAAUUUUUGGAACUCGGGUGAGAUGUUUUUUAUUGAGCAGCAAUUGUUCAUUUGUUUCAGUAUUUAUAAUUUUGUUAGAUAUUUUAUGUAUUUACUGAAGCCAAAGGAAACAAAAAUGAUGAAUCCAUUAUACAUUGGUUGUUGUUGAUAGUUUUUACUAUUUUAUCUGAGGAUCGACUCAUAUGCUGCAAAUCGUUUCUGUUUUGUGGGAUAUUAAGGUUUGCACUAACCCACAUGGUCUAUUGUAAAUUUGAUACAUAGUAUCUCUUAGUUCUCAUUUUGAAAUAUGAUAAAACAAGAAAUAUGCAUUGUUGUUUCUUUUGUUAAUACCUUCCUCGCAACUGGGCCUUAAAAAGAAAUAAAAAAUAAAUGUUCAUGAAAAUAGAGUGAUUAUAGUGAUCUAUAAUCUUGUACAGUUGUCAUAUGGUUGUCCCAAUAAAACAUCUAUAUUUUGGAUGGUCCUAAUUUUAAAUGUUUUUCCACCAUUCUGGCCCUCUCUGGUUAACAAUAUAUAGGCAUGUAGCUAUAUAUAUAGUACAAUAUAUACACUUUAUAUCUGAACUAUUUCGAAGUUCUCUCCAAGAAUAUUUCUUACAGUUUAUGUCCCCUUUACAGCAACUUAUACAACUUGAAAUCUUAAAAAGCAACCCCUUCAACCAAAUUUUCAAGGCACUACGUACGGUACAUACACAUUGUCAGUGAAUAUACAGCCUGUAUCCUAGCUAAUUAGGCUGGUGAUCCCUCUACCUUUCAUGUGUGGUUCAGGUCUUGCCAGUUGAAACAAGGCAGCUCUCAUUCAGUUAGACCAAAUAUUUGAGCAGCUGAAAAUGGUAAUUAUAUCAGAUGAGUUGAUAUUUUGAAAAGAGAAUUAAUUAAAAUACCAUUUUCAGACACUGAAAUUAUUGUUUUUUCAUUUAUAAACAUGUAGUUGUUGAUAGGAAUUUAUUUAAUUUAUAUUUCUGUCAUAAGUAAGUCCCUGUCCAUAUAUAAGGGACCUAUAUAUAUAAUAUAUUGUAGAAGGUUUAAGAUAUUUACAUCUGUGGACUCGUAUUCUGUCAUGACUCCUCUACAGAUAAUUUAAAUUGACAUCAUGUAUCGUCAAGUCUAAAUGAAGCCAGAUGGAUAAUUAAAGUGUC